UCCUCUGGCACACAGUCAGUGGACUUUUAGUUUGUGGCUUCAGAGAGCAAACAGGCUGCGCGGUGCAGAAUCCCCACUCGGUGCAGAGUUUGACAGGCUGGAAGCCUUUUACGCACGCAGUGUUUUUCCUCCUGAGCUGAAAUCAAAGUUUGGAAAUACUCUCUUUUUGAAAGUGAGUGCGCUUUCACUGGCUGCAUGAAAUAGCGGUGGACAUCUGGAGCUAUUUGAAGAGACUAUUUUGCCAUUUAAUAGGCUAUGACCGCCGAGGCGCAUUCACAUUUGGGACUGCAGAAAACCCCAAUGGAUUUCGUCAGCGACUUUGACUUAAUGAAGUUCGGUGUCAAGAAGGAGGCGAUGCAGGGAAUAGACCGCUCCUUCAUCGGGCCGUGCAGCCAGCUCCAGAGACCAGACUCGGUCUCUUCCACCCCUGGCAGCACACCUUGCAACUCGGUACCCUCAUCACCAAACCUCAAUCCAAAUGAGCAGAGAAAUAACCCCGGAGGAGACCAGUUCUGGAUACCCAACAACGGGGGUUACCCUCAGCAAAUGUACCCUCAAGCGUUUGGCCUGACACCCGAGGACGCAGUUGAGGCCCUCAUCAGCGCCACGGCGCAGCAGGGACACCCAUCUGCGCCCCACGGCCACCAUCCGCCACCUUUCCAAGCUGAAUACGAAGGGUACGGCCACCUGAACGAGCCUGUCCAGCAUUACCCGGGACUGCCGGGUCACCCCGACAUGCAAGGCAUACCCAGCAGUCACUGCCAAGACCCCUAUCUCAAAGAUGACAUGGGGAGUGAGUCCCCCGAGUCGCCGGAGGCCCAGCAGGUUCUCGGUGCGCACCAUCAUCUCCAGCAGCAGCACAGCCGCCACGACAGGCGAUCCAACGCCGACAUGCACUUCUCAGACGACCAGCUGGUGUCCAUGUCCGUCAGAGAGCUCAACCGGCUUCUCAGAGGCCUCAGCAAGGACGAGGUGAUGCGUCUGAAGCAGAAGCGCCGGACCCUGAAAAACAGAGGUUACGCUCAGUCCUGCCGCUACAAGCGCGUCCAGCAAAAACACAUUUUGGAGCACGAAAAGACGAGCCUGGUGUCACAAGUGGAGCAGCUCAAACAUGAACUCAACAGACUGAUCCGGGAGAGGGAUGCAUACAAACUUAAAUGUGAGAAACUGUCCGGUGCUAACUGCUAUCACGAAACUGGGUCUACUAGUGACAACCCUUCCUCACCCGAGUAUUUAAUGUGAGUUUGUUAAAUUCCUGCAGAACUGAUUCUUCUCCAUAGAGAGCCAUUUAUAUUGACAGCUCGCCUUGCUCCUUAACAAACAAUCCCGUGGAUUCAUCAAGUUUUAAUUAAUGUUGGACAUGAGGAUAUGGCUGAAACAAUUGUAAUAGAUUCAACAAGGCAACAAGUUAUGAAUGGAAAAUUACUAUGAAGCAUGCAUGCAGGACAUGUAUGAGAU